AAAAUAUAUGGAUAAAACUUCCAUACCAAAGUAACGUACGGAAUCAUACAUACCUGAUCGGAAAAUUCUUACACAAUGACAUCUCCGGCCUUGUUUUCCGCCGCACCGGCAAUCAAUCCCACUCAUCGUCUAGUUUCGCCGACUCUAUUCGCCUACCCUUGUGUCCACAAUCCAUCAUUCAGAUACCAAAACCGAUUAGAUACUAAUAUGAUCCAACCGUUGAAAUCAGCCGCAUCGGAUUCCAUUUCAAUUAUCGAUAACCCGACCUCAUCGGAAGAAGAGAGUUCAGUAAAAGUUGGAGCUAAGGUUAGAGUUAUAGUACCGUUAACGGUUUAUCAUAUACCUAAAGUACCAGAAUACGACUUGAAUGGCAAAGAAGGUACUAUUAAGGAAAACGUCGCAGUUUGGAAAGGGAAACAGAUUUCGGCUAAUUUUCCUAUUAAGAUUGAGUUUUUGGAAGGGAUUGAAAGUCGCGGAGAUAAGCCUGUAAAGUUUGUUGCACAUCUUAGGGAAGAUGAGUUUGAGUAUGUUGACUAACUUUGAUUAGUGAAAAGAUUGAGAAGAGUUGUUUAUUUGUUGCAUCCUGUUUGAUUCUGAUUGUUACAAUUUGAAUUGUAUGUUAUACAGGCUUUAUGGAUGUAUAUAUAUGUAUAAUAAUACAGAAAAACAACUUGAAGUGA